AUAAUUCCAACUUUUUAGCUUCAGAGACUACCCUGCAUCUCUACAACAGGCGGGUACUGGUCGUAUUACUGCUGUGAUGAGAGAAUUAUAUAUGUUCAAAUACCCAAAACGGCACUGGUAUUUCCAAUAAUUCCACCAGUUCAUUACGAAAGGAAGACACUUCACGGCCGUACAACAUCCUCAUGGUCGAAUUUAUUAAAAGAUUAAAGGAGCCCGAGAAUACCGCGUUCAAACAGCAAAAUAUACGUUCUUGUCGAUUAGUAUUUAGGCCAAUAUCUACGAUUAUAUUCUUUCUCAUGUUUGGCGCAUGUUUAGUUGCAAUAGGGGUGAUCCUUUAUAUUGAAGCUCAGUCAAUCAGGGAAUAUAAACUUCGAUAUGAUGACAUUUGCGCGAAAUACGAAGAAUGCUAUGUUCGAUUACCUGAAGUAAACUUGAGGGCACCCUUCUACGUUUAUUAUCAAAUAGACAACUUUUAUCAGAAUAACAAAAGAUAUUAUAAUUCUAGAAAUGCUAAACAGCUUAGAGGCGAGAUGGUUUAUUCGUUCUCAGAACUGCGAGACUGUAGUCCUUAUAUUUCUAAAAACAACUCCUUGAAUCUAGAUGACUUCUACAUACCGUGUGGCCUGAUGGCCAGAAGUUUUUUUAACGAUUCGUUUAAAAUUUAUAACCUGAGAAAAUACAUUGAACUGGAUAAAAAGGAUAUUGCAUAUUCCUCUCAAAUUGGUGCUAUAUACAAAAAUCCACCAUCAGAUCAGCCUGGGAUUCGCGUUAUAAAUGACUUGGAGAAUGAAGAUUUUGUUGUAUGGAUGCAUCCAAGUGCAUUUCCGUACACAAGAAAGCUGUGGGGGGUUUCAUAUGAAGGUGUAAGGAGUGCACAUUGUUACUGUGAUGUGCAAAACAAUUUCGACGUCUCUGCAUUCAAUGGAAAGAAAUAUAUUGUAUUGGUAGAAAAAAAUUGGUUGGGGUCAUCCAGCCGGUUUCUUAGUAUUUUGUAUAUAGGUGCUGGCAGUUUUUAUUUGUUGAUGAGCUUCAUUUUUCUGUUUGUAUAUAUUUGGUCGAAAAGGCGCAGUAAAAUUCCCGCUGCAAGAGAGGCUGACAAAAAAAGACGUAGUGAUAACCGAUGUAUCGUCUCUUAAAUAAAAUAUAUUCAGAGCAGUCACUCUGAAUAAUUUUAUGCAUGAAAUUGGGUCAAUCACCCUCAAAAAGCCAACUCGAUGUAUUGCAAGUCUCAUUCUGGUAUUCUAAGCAAAAUUCUAUUCGUAUAUUCAAGACAUUAGCUUUGGUAGUCCUUUUUUGUCUCUCAUCUACACUAGAAAAAUUGGUCUCAUACUUUCUCAUGACUUCUGCUUUCGCUCCUCAAUAAACACCGUCAGCAGUCUGCGCAGUACAGACCUCCUG